AUGUAUUUGGGGCAUCUGCGCGCUCCAGCCCACAACGAAACUUUUCAAGGCCCACGAAGGAAAAACCGCUUUGUGCACUCGUAUUGCUUUUUGAUGUCGCAUCAGCUCUGCCCAUUGGACCUAUUCCGAUUGUUGACAACCAAUCUUGCCAUCGGACGUACACAGCCUCAAAAACGGCACGGUGGAGUACAACGAAAAGACCGGAGGAAUUCGAUUCUGUAA